GUCUACGCCAAACAGCAGGGAAAAAAAUAACUUAGGCAAAAAUGGCGGAGGGUGCAACGUCUCUGAAAGGGUUGCGAGCGCAAAUUGCUGCGGCUGCACAGGCGCAGGCAGAGGAACGGCGCAGCCAGGCAGGAAACUCCCCAACACCUGCAGCUCCAGCCAGCAUAACAAAGAGCCAGACCAGGCCAGUCAUUGAUGGGGCAGCCCUUAGGAUAGACGACAAACUCCGAGUGGCCAAAGAAAGAAGAGAAGAGCAGGAAAAGCAGCAAGUGGCGCGUGAGUCCCAACUUUUGGAGCGAGAGCGCAAGGCACAGCUUCAGGUGGAGCGACAGAUGGAAGAGAGACAGAAGAAGCUGGAAGAGCAGCGCAGGAAGGAGGAACAGCGGAGAGUGGCAGUGGAGGAAAAGAGGAAACAGAAAUUAGAGGAAGAAAAGGAGCACUAUGAGGCAGUGAUGAGACGCACCCUGGAGCGUAGCCAGCGAGUAGAGCAGAGACAGAAGAGAUGGUCCUGGGGUGGACUCCCAGAUUCUGACAAUAAAAACGGACAGAGUGACAGCGGCUCCACCUCUUCCCUGAUUUCUAUAGUUGUCUCCCCUGCCUCUCCAGUCUCCAAGCCGCCCAGGAGUCAGACAUCACAAGACAAGCGUUCUUCCUCUACUAUGAACCUGAAGCAGACUGACUCAGUAAUCAACAAGCGUCUCUCAUCCUCAUCCACCCUCCUUAAUUCUCCAGUUAAAAGUGCAAAGCAGAGAAGUUCAUCUUUGAACCGGUUGCCUAGCAAUGCCCCUCAGGCCUCUAAAGAAGUGCAUAAGCAGCCUCAGGUGGAAACGACAGGCCCAAAACUGAAGAAGCGAAGCUCCUCCCUCUCUCGAGUGGGGGCUAAAACCCAGCCCGCCACCAAACCAGAGAAACCCACAUCAGAUGAAUCAGCUCUCCGCUCCUUGGCUGCCCCCUUGGACAGCGGUGUCCUCAGUCGUCUGCUUACACCCACCCAGGCUUCACUAGCUAGGAGCAAGAGUACCGCAGCCCUGUCCGGCGAUGGAGCCGAUGCCCAAGAGUCUCACCUGUGUCCUCGUUCAGCAUCUGCCAGCCCGCUGCAACCCCCGGCCCACGGACCCCUACGUAGCCGAAGCAGUGAUCGAAAGAAAGUCCCAUCUACUUCUGCAUCUGCGGAUUGCAUUGCUAGUAUGGCCCAGCAAAAAGGUGAGAAGGAGAAACGUUUCACGUCACCACUUGGAAAACGCCCUGCCUCUCCCUCUAGUCGUCAUCGAUCGCCCUCUCCUGCCCCCACUGCAAACACCACUACAAGAACGCCCUCACCUGGAGCAGCCAAGCAGAGUCCACGCUUGCGCCCACCUUCACCCAGCGGCUUGAAACAGAGGCCUCCUUCCCUCAGUCCUGCCACAUCCAAACCUCCGCCCAUCCAGAAACCCACUCUCACCCCCACCGGCCCCCCCACCCUCCGCAAGAGGGACUCCAAGCCAAAGGACUUGUCUCCCAUGGUGCCUGUCACUCCACAGUCUCCUGACACCAGCAUACCCAGCCCAGCACCCGCACCGAAGACCAAAGAGGAUCCCAGUUCCAAAGUCAUUGCAGGAACCAACUCUGCUGCAGAGGCUUCCAAGAUCCUGGCUGAGAACCGACGUCUGGCACGUGAACAGAAAGAGAAAGAAGAACAGCUCCGCAUACAGAAAGAAGAGGAGGAGAGGCUGAGGAAAGAGGAGGAGGAGCGUCUGGCAGAGGAGGAGUGUUUGAGGCAAGCAGAGGAGGAGAAGAGACUUGUGGAGGAGAAGAAGAGAGAAGAGGAGGAGCAGGCUCGUAAAGCAGAAGAGGAGAGAGAGCAAGCAGAACUGGAGGAGCAGGAAAGACAGGUUGAGCUUCAGAAAGAGCGUGAGGAGGCUGAGGUGAAGGCCCAAGAGGAGGCAGAGAAGCAGCGUCAGGAGAGAACACGCAUUUUGGAACAGAACCAACAAGAGCGCAUGGAGAGAAAGCGGAGAAUUGAAGAAAUUAUGAAGAGAACCAGAAAAACAGACCAAAUGGGGGGUAAUGAUGAGAAAGACAUUCCUGAUGAUAAUGAAGAGGAGGCUGAGGACCAAUUAGACUGUGAAUAUAAGGUGUACCAGGCUGUAAAGUCUGACCAAAGUGCCAAGGAAGCAGAGCUGUCAGACUCCAAGGAGCAUCUCCUGUCUGUGGAGGAGCCAGUGACAGAGCAUGAGGAACCAGAUGGUAGUGUGAAUGGAGAAACCGAUGUGGAUGAUAAGGAGAACAUCAAUGGACCCAGCACAGAGGAUCCCUCAGUAGAUAGCCCGCCUCCCAAGUCCUGUUUGAUGGAGGGCUCCGAGUUUGUUAAUGAAGACGCUAAGGUGGGCCUGGUUCCAGGACUAAAUGGUAAAGGUGGAACCUGGAGCUUUGAGGAGCUGAUUGAUCUAGGUGUUCAUGCAAAAAGUAAACCCCUGAGUGAUGAUGGGGUCCCUGAGGGGCCCAGAGUGGCCUUUGAAGAGAAAACCAGCCCUCUUCAUCCAGCCCAGCCUAUUGAAGCUCUGUCUGAAAUGUGAAUGGGCAGGUCUAUCCAGCUGAGCCUCAGAGUGCCAGCGCUCAGACUCAACUGGACAGCCAGAGGAACCCUCAGAAAGCACCCAGUGCCGCACAGCUUCUGCACUUCAUAGAUGGAUUAAGCAAGAGAUAAUAAAUACAAAACAUGAUAAAGAUAUGCUUCAGGGAAAACAUUAGAUGACUUCAGUGUGCUUGUAUCUUUGUUUAGCAGUUCUACACCUAUUUUGUGUUUCGUCAGGAUUUGUUAAAUCUAUCUCCUUUGAUGUUUUGUUUAGUUUUUUAAAAGUGGGGACAACUUUGUAAUUUAUUCAAAUGGCUGUUGUCUCCUGGUGGUUAUUUUUUAAAUGACCAUAUGCACUUUUUUUGCAAAAUUCCAGUCCAUUUCUUCAUGUUUGUUGUUACAUUGAGUUUUGUAGAAUGAUCUGGUUAGUUGAGUCUAAUCUGAUGUUAGGUCACUGAGAAUGGAAAGGAGAAACCGCUUGUACAUUUUUGGCUAACAUAGAGGUUCCACCCACCGACAUGCUAAUUAAAAUCCUGUGUCUGAACUGCAAAAGGAGCUCAGGAAUGUUACCAAAUUUGGAAUCUGUCUUAGAAACACGAGGUUUGGUGUGGUGCUGGUGCGCAGCUGAGUUGUGUUGAGUUUGUGCUUUUAAUUUGACCUCAGGAUAUUUUCCAUUAAGCUUCUAUUUCUUUCAGCUCCAAACUUAUAAACACCAAUAUAGUGUUUAACACUGUAUCCUCACCAUGGCUGGGCAACAACUCUAGCUCCAAUCUGUGUAGACCAUUGAGAAGCAUUCCUACUGUAUAACACUUGUGGAUAGCACAUACUGGUCGAGAAAUUUCAUUAAAAACUGAUUGAAUAUACUCUUAAUGUAAACAUUUCCAUACAGCCUUGGGCUCUGAGAUUGAAAGAUCUAGAAGCCCAAAUGCAAACUCGCAUGAUAACACUCGUUGCUUUGUUGGGAUCUUUAUGUUGUGUUUCUGUUGUGUAGUAAAUAACUAAUUGUUGAUAUCCUGUACAUAAGUAAAACUAGUUAUCUAAUUCAAGUGCACCUUCAAAGUAAAAUAACUUCAGAUGUCUGUAUGAAUCUGUGCUCUACUAAUUUGCUUUAAAUAACACAGAAUUACUGUAACCUCUUGCACACUUGACAAGGAUUCUGCAUGUUUCUGGUGUAUGUUCCCCAGGGGUUUGAACAAAUCGGUUCUGUGCUAGAAGAAAAAUUUGAAUUAUUUAAUGUGUUCUUAAAUGCCCAAAGUUCCCUCAGGGCCAUACUGUAAUAUCAGGUCCUAAUGUGAAUGUAUGCACAGUUCCUGUUUGUUUAUACCAUCUGAGGUCUAAAUUCAACCAGACUUUUUUAUAUAUUAUGUUCAAUUUGGGUCUCUGUGAAUAUGCAUUAAUGUAUAUUUAAAACUCUAUCACAUAUCUAGGUAUUAUGGAAAUAAUCAGUAUUAGGCUACUGGGUCAUUUCUUGUGGUUGGGAAUAAGUAGGCGGCAGCCGGUUUGAAUCAGCCUCUUAUACUGUACUUUAUAGUGUGGUCUUGGGAAUUCUAACUUUGUACCACAAGAUGAAAUGCUGUUACUAUACUCAUUGGCCAGAUUACUACACAACAGAUUACAGCACCAGAUUGUGUUUGUCUUUGUGAACAGAAUGUGAAGUGAGUAGCGCAGAGGAUUGGACUGAGGGUGCAAGCAAAGUCUAGGGGAGUUUUUUUUAUUGUGAAGCAUGUCGCCUAGUUGUGGUUGGAAACUUGAGAAUUGUAAUUAUAUUUACGGUUAAUGGGUUUCAGAGAAGGUUCAAGUGAUUUUUUUGAUAUGUGCCGUGUUCUCAGCACUAGACUGUUGAUAUGUGGCCGUUUAAAGUUGAGCAAUGUCCAGACGGUUGUAAUAAAUGAUUGGUCUCCAUAUGCUUAAGGAGUCCAGUGGUAAAGGCUUUGUGUACUGUAGUUGAUGUUUAAGUGUUUCCUUUCACCAAUUGUUUUAGCAGUUAAAGGCCACAGAGCUUUAAAAAAAUGUUAGGUUGAAUAUGUCCUAUUUACUUUCAUUCUGUAGGAAUAGAUCCCUCACUGUUUUAUUUAAAAGUUUUUUUGAAAUAUUUUAUAUGCAUCAGCUUCCUGUGAUUUUUAUCUAUGUUGUAUGGCACUUUCCAGAUUCGUUUCGACUCAGGCUCUUAGACUCCAGUGAAAAAGUGUUUGUGGUGGUUAGAAGUGACCAGUGCUUGGCAUGAGAUGAGAUUUGUGUACAUAUUUUGAUUUGGUAAUGGGUUUGAAAUCUUUUUGCCAUCUCUGUUUUGGCCUUUUAUUUGUACUCUUAACACUUCGCUUAGAAAUUUACAGAAUUGCUUCACAUUGUGGUGUGGCUGCUACAGAUCCGAUCAAUGAGACGUGUGUUAGUUGCAUUUUCCUUUUGUAAUACACUAGCACAGCCACUUUCAGACAAGCUCACUCCACUGCAGAUGUUGUUCCCACUAACAGGACCUGAGAGCCCUUUGUGCUAUUUACAUCAGAACUAAAACUGUUCUUUAAUCUCGAAGUACUCAAUACAGGGGUAGAAUAGGACGGUGCCUUAGAUGCAGAAUGGACUGUAUUUUAUUUUUGUAUAUUAAUACCUUCACGUGUCGCUUGAGCUUACCUCGGCCAUGACAAUCACUCUAUUUGACCAGGGACAUGAAUAGAAUCUGCUUUUAUUAAGAGCAGUUUCUUGUCUUGAAAUAGCCCUGACCACAAAUUAUAUUUGUAAAUAUAUCUAAAGUGUACUGGUAAAAUAUAAAUGGUUAAAAUAAAGUUUUGGAAGAUAAAUUAAA